UAGUCAGUCAACGACGGGGCUCCCAGUGGAACUGCGUACAGUGAGCUGAAUAGACAGCAAUGCGGACGAAGAAGGGCAAAAACGAGGGGAUUUGUCUGUUUUUUUGUAAUUGCCCACUGGAUGGGAGCUUCGUUUGGUCGUAAAGCGUAACUUAAGAGGGAUUUCCUCCGCAAAAACACCCAGAGAAGGACAUUUAAGGGGAGCAGCUCCGGGGCGGAUAUUUUCCUGACAAAACCCUAACCCACAUCCGUAUUCCCAGCUCCGGCCGGUGGUCGUGUGGAACAGUCUGAUAAAAGAAUGAUUGCCUGAAUAUUUUUAUACUCUAUUGUAGCCUUUUUCACUAGCACCGCAUCACAAUUUAACGGACUCGCUAUGGUGGAUUCCCCUACCAUGAGGAAGACUUUUGUGGUCCCAGACAUAAAGCCUUUGGAUUUGUAUGACUGUAUUAAAGCUAAAAUAUGCGCAAGUGUCGGAUGGCUCUUGGCAAAGUCCUACGGCAGUGCAGAGAAUGUCCCUGUGGAGCUACGUGACCCUUUCUACUGUGAUCAGUAUGAACAGGAGCACCUCAAACCACCAGUCACACGCUUCCUUCAGUCCUCAGAACUCUACUGUCGCACCUACAGUCUAUUAUUGGGAGCCAAUGGAGCUGAGGCGCAGCCCAAAGACAAUGUCACUCUACUGCAGCUUCUUGCUCAGAGAGGAAUAGUCUCCAAAGACCAAGACACACCAGUAACUGAUGCAGAUCUCCGGCAUAAACCCAUCAAAAUGAGUGCUCACCUGGCAGUAAUAGAUGCCCUGAUGUCCAUGGGAGCUAUGGAGACGGUUACUGCAGCGAAAACACGUGGCUCUGGUGAACUACUGGGUGGAGCUUCCAGUUGGGAGGAUGCUUUGCUUCAGUGGGUUAACGGGUUAAACCAGAAGCUGAGAGAACGCACUGAAGGAGCCCAAAAUGACACAUCUCAAGCUGUUACAGAGCCUCAACCUGUCCAACCCUCUUGUCCAACUCGCUGGUACUGGAAGCUUGUUCCUCUCCGCUAUAGGAAGGAUAAAAUUCAGUCCAGACAAAAACCCAUCUUUCCAGUGGUUAAUGAAGUCAAAGACUUAUCCAGUGGUUGUGCCAUUGUUGCUGUCAUACACUAUUAUUGCCCAGGCCUGCUAAGACUUGAAGAUGUUUGUAUGAAGGAGUCCAUGACUGUAGCAGACAGCUUGUACAACUUGCAGUUCAUCCGUGAAUUCUGCGACAGCUGCCUCAAGAGCUGCUGUCACUUGACACUGGAGGACAUGCAAUACACACCACAGGAACUUAAGCUCAAUUUGAUGAGCUUCCUCGCAGAGCUGCUGUACUGGUUUGAGGUACAGAGGCCAGAAUUUGUUCAGCCAAUUGACACAUUAGAUGACUCUACGCCAGUAACGCCAAGUGGUAACAGUGUCUCCCCCUCAAUCUUUAAGAAGCCCUUUCUUCCCAUCUCCUCUCCUGUGUCAGGAUCUUUGACUCAGUCUACCUCAAUGUCUCAUAUAGAAGGAGUUGGAAAAACAUGGAGCAAGAAACCUCUCAGCCGCCCCUUGUCUGCAGUAUCAUUCAGCAUUCCCUUUGGCCUGGACAGUGAUGUGGACAUUGUAAUGGGUAACCCUGUGAUAACCCGCUCUGUGAGCUCUGACCAACUUAACCCAGCAAGCCAAAACAUGACUAGGGUGCCCUACACUCCACCUGAAGAUCUCAGCCAUUUAGUUAGCAAACCCUCCGGCCCAAAUGGUCCCCAGAGAGCUUCUUGGACAACUCAGACUCCCAGCAUUCCAAGGUUACCGGAGGAGAAUGGCCUUGGGGUGAGUGAAACAGGAGAGCUGCCUACCAUUGAAGAGGCUCUUCAAAUCAUCCACAAUGAGAGUAAGAUGGAGCCUCGUUUACACCCAGAUGGAGCUCCCGAUGGCUUCUACCUCCACUCUCCUGAUGACCCUGCUAGUUCUAGACACAACAGCAACUUAGCACCCAUCAGCUGCUCUGCCCCGUCACGCUCAGGAAUGAUGUACCGGCCCACGGGAGACUCCAGAGAGGCCAAACGAACCAGAAACACCUCAGAAUGUUCACGUGAUGAUGACUCUGUUUUGAGAGAUGGUAGUGUGGACUCGGAUGCCUCAGAAGACCUGCCUAAGGCACAAUCCACUCCAACCACACCAGCUUCUGGUGCAAGGGGCCAGAGCAAAGAGGGGCCUGACAGUGGUGUGAAAAUGACCAGCUUUGCAGAACGCAAGAAAAAGCAGAUAAUGGAUUCUCCCAAAACCAGCGAGCCCACUCCUCCUCAGAUGACCACAUGGGCACAGAAGUCUGAAGAAAGCCCGACCAAGAGCCCUCAACUCAAUAAUGAAAUGUCUGAGCUGGGGGUUCGACUUGAAGAAAAACGCAAAGCUAUCGAAGCCCAGAAGAAGCGCAUUGAAGCAAUUUUUGCAAAGCACCGGCAAAGACUGGGUAAGAGUGCCUUUUUGCAGCUGAAGAAGGAACAGCAUGAGGUGGAAGAUGGAGGUGAAGGAGGGAAUGGCCAGGUCAGCACUUCAUCCACAGAGGAAGACCUUUCUUGCUUGACACUGGAAGAAAGACUGGCACGAAUGGAGGAGGAAGAGCAGCAAGGACAGGGUGAACAGAAUCCUUUGGUGGUGCAAGAGGGCAAUGUCAAAGGACUAAUGCUCAACAAACAAGUUGGUCACGCCAAAGAAAAAGCAGGUAUUUCAGGGGAGAAGACCUGUGGGACACCUAAUGAGAAAAUGGUAGCUCCUUUAGGGGACUAUAACAAUGCUGUAUCCAAGUUGACUGCAGCACUGAGCUCUCUGCAAAGUGACAUGCAACGACUGACUGAGCAGCAGAACCAGCUCAUUAAGAAGAAAACUGCAGCUUCCAGCAACAAAUCCUGGGUUAUACCAGCUAGCCCUAAGACUUCCACCCCAGCCCCUCCCUCUGCACGCCUUUCCCGAGAAUCCACACGAGAUUUGAAUUCAGCUUCCUCCUCUCCAUCUCCAUCGCGCAGACUCUCAAACCACACCACCCCUCCAAAAUCUCCUCAGGUGUUACAUCGUAGAGCUCAGUCUGUGCCACCUAAAAGCCCUAAGCAUCAUCAACACAGUCGUCCAUUGGAUGUUAAGGUUCCAACUCUCUCAAGGGUUCUCACACCACCUCAAAAUGUGGACCGAAUUCCACAUCUCCGUCGUGUCAAUCCCUGGCAGUCCCAGGUCCAGACUUCCUCUUCAUUCUCCAUUGGAGAUUCUGAAAACUUAGAUGAGCUGCGCUCAUCUGGACUGACUCCUGUUCCUACACCUGCAUUAUCACCAAUACCAACACCAACUGCUACCCCAGCUCCCCGUCCCGCAGCAGACGACAACUUGUCAGAAGUAGGUUCUAUUGACGAUCAUAGUAUAUUUAGCAUGGACCUGGAGGCGGGACCCUCACAUGCUUUGCCUAAAAAGGAAAGUCUUGCAGGUGGGGGGUGCAGCUCUGGUGCUCCAUCAGAGUGCUCAUUUGAGAGCGAUGCUUCUGCAAUGAUCAUGAAUGGCAAACGCAGCAGCCUGAUAGAGAUCUCACUGUCUGCUCUAAGAGGAGAUGGAGAGGAUGAUGAUCAAGUACCUGAUGCCUUGUCUGACUCAAUGAGUGACAGGACGGAGCCAGAGAUGAAAGGAGGAGUUGGUUUCUUUUUCAAGGAUGACACCGAGCGACCAGAGGAUGAGAUGGCCCAGCGAAGGGCUGCGCUGCUUGAGAAACAACAGAAAAGAGCUGAAGAGAUGAAAAGACGCAAACUUGAGCAGGAAAAGGAAAAAGAAUCCAACAAGCCACAGUGGAUGAUCAUAGAGGGGUGGGGAAAUAAAAGCGACGACCGACCCCAGACCCCAGGCACACCUCCAGCAUCACGCACCCCACCACCAGAGGGCACCCCCCAACGUAGAGGAGACUUCACCAGGCAAGAGUAUGAACGGAGACAGCAGCUAAAGAUCAUGGAAGACCUAGACAAGGUGCUGAGACAGAAACCCACCACAGUUCGCGGUGUCAAGAAACAGAGACCCAAGACUGUGUUUAGAGAUGACUCAGUCCUUUCUCACAGCCCUGUUAAAGGUUUCAUGGGCACCAAGCUAAACAAGGUGUACUCUCACUCCACCAUGAACCUGUCUUCCAUGGCAAAUGACCUUACUAUGAGGAAGUCUCCCAGUCGAUCACACUCGCCCUCACGGCUAAUGUCACCAGGACGAAGGAGUGCUCAAAAUGGCGAGAAAGACUGGGAAAAUGGCUCGACUAUUUCUUCUCCUGCCUCAAUCCCAGAAUACACAGGACCAAAGCUGUACAAGGAGCCUAGCUUUAAGUCCAACAAAUUCAUCAUCCAUAAUGCCAUCACUCGCUGCUGUCUGGCUGGAAAGGUCAAUGAACCACAGAAAAACAAGAUUGUAGAGGAAAUGGAAAAGAGCACAGCCAAUCACUUCCUUAUCCUCUUCAGAGAUACCAGUUGCCAGUUCAGAGCUGUUUAUACGAUGAACCCUGAAACUGAGGAGAUGGUACGGCUCACUGGUAUUGGGCCACGCGUCAUCAGUCCUGAGAUGGUGGAAUCCAUUUACAAGUACAGUUCUGACCGCAAACAGUUUACUGUCAUCCCGUCCAAAACCAUGUCCAUGAGUGUUGACGCUUUCACCAUCCCUGGUCAUUUUUGGCAGAAACGGCCAGGAACUCCCAAGAAGCUCGGCACCCCCAAAUAAAAACAAACUUAGGAUGGGUAGAGAUGCUAUGAAUCAGGGAACCAACUCCCAAUGGCGCUUAAAAAUCCACUGUAUUGGCCAGUGUGGCACUUGAAAUUUGUUCUUACCCAGUUAAACAAGCUAUGGACUGCUUACCUGAUAAGGCUUUUAACAGCAUUCAACCAGAGAGCAUCUUGUUCAUUUACAUGCCAAGAAAACUGGCCAAACACUCAUUUAGCUGAAGUUGUAGUUAUAAUAAUUUCACUCUUGAGAGCUUCUGAUUAGCUCUGUCAGGUCUCCUUUGAUUGUAAAAUGUAAUAAGACUGAUUUGUCAUAAUGAAGAAUUCUCUCUUCCUCGCACCCUGCCUCUUCAUGCCUUUCCUUAUCCUGCCCCCCAGAGUCUUUUUUGUGACUCGUAGAUUAAGAAUGAGAGGGAACAACCACACUGCCUUUGCCCGCACAGUAUUUUGGGCCAGAGUAGUAUCCGCCCUCUUAGUUUUGCUUCUUUUCCUUUUGCUGCCUUUUCUUCUUCUUCCAGGGCUUACUUUCUCCAGUCAACUGAGACACAUUGCUCUCAGAUCAGAUUGGAAAUCCCAGCUGAAAAAUAAUAGCAGGUAACACUGCAGGUAUAUGAAUGUAGGGUACACACUAACCACUCAUUUCCAUUCAGGGGCGCUUUCUCUGGUUGGUCUAGACCAGAAGAGGUGGGUGGUUCCUCUGUGGGUUGCACUGGUGGUGCCUACUGUGGUUGUCAGUGGACUUGCACUUAGAAACUACCUGUGCCCCAUAGUAAGUGCACUCCACUGAGCUUCAAGUCUCCUUCAGCUGUAGCCAUCUGGAUGUUUUUUUAUAUACUUUUUGACACUUUUUGCUGGACUAAUCAAUUCAGCCUUCGAGAGCUGAAAGAAGAAAGAAUGAAAUUCAUGUAACCUUUCCUCUUAACAUGCUUUUUCAUUCGCAACAUAUGAUAAAAAAUGAAAUGUAAUCUCAGCUUACCUUGAAAACAAACUGGAACCAUGAAGGAGGGCUUUAUGAUGUUUAUUAUACAGCUGUGUGAAAAUGAUCAUCGAUGCUGAUUUGAUACUUACUGAAUGCUGAUUGUUUUUUUUGAAAAUGAUUUGUAAAAAGUAUGUUGACCUUUGUAAGCUAUCAGUUAGCUAGCCUGCUGCUUGAACCAUUAGUGAGAUGUAUGUUCGAGAAUGAAUGGAUGAGAAUGAUUAGAAAUUGUCACCUGAAAAUUGAUUGAAACUUUUGUCUGGGGAUUAAUAAAUCCUUUAGGUCACUAGGAGUCUGUUUCUUAUGAUGAUUCCCUGUUUGUGUGUUUCAACAUAUAAACAGUAGGUUUCGUGAAGGAUCAUUCUGGACUGCAACAGCCCUCAUGAACCCUGCAUAGUCUCUAGAGACUCCUUCAUGUAUGAUUGUUUUUUUUCUCUCUUUAUUUUCUCUAUGCCAGCAUGUUAAUGCUAAUUGAGCAAAAACACUUGACCCUGCAGAUGAUAGUGAUCUGGCCGAUAUUACCACAAAAACAGUGGGAAAUUGGCCCUCUUAUCUUCCUUUGCAGUCUUAAGCACUACAGCAGCUGUCAUGAUGCAGCUGUCUUCUCUCAAAUCACUGACUGCCUCCAACACAUGUAUUUGAAUGAGAUUCCAAUACAGAUGUGAACAAGGUUGUCCCGAGCAGAAUUUAGGAAAAAUGGUAAGAUGAUCUAUUGAACGUGUGUGUGGAGGAGUGCAUAUGGAAUUACUGGAUGUUUUUUUUUUUUAAUUUAUGUGUUAUGUGUAAAAAAAAAUAAAAAAAAAUAGGUAGUACGUGGUAGUUGAACACUAUAUUUUGAUUCUGUGCAAUUUUCCCCUAGAAGGCCCCCAUGUCACCCAGAGGUAUAUUUAUUUGGUUUGCAUUAGAAAGUGCAUUUGAUGUUUAGUUUAAGAUUCUACUUUUGUCUUUUUUUUUUUCAUUCAGGUGGUAUGUCAGUCACUCAUUUCAUUGAAGUUGUCAUUCCAUUCAUGUUGUUUUCCUUCUCUUCUGUUAUCAGAUUGUGCCAGCACAUUAUGUAUGUUCAUUUCAUAAGUUGAGUAUCAUUGAUAACUGGAGCAGAUAAAUAAAAUUACUUUUUAAAUCAUG